GUUGGGCUUUGUGCAUGUCAGAAACCUUAAAUGUUAUUCUCUCUAUUACAUUAGGCAAAGGUGCCCAUUCCGCGUGUGGUGAUCGCCGCGCAACCCCUCUUUUUUUCACAGCGCGUCUCAGACAGCACCCACGACAUCGCAUUGGCUAUGGCUUCAGCAGUGCUCCCAAAACAAUUGAUGUUGGGACGCGCCGACAUACCUAUCCAAAUCGCUUGUGAGUGAUUUGCAACAAAUACCAGCCAUAGCAGCAUGACUUGGGCACCUUCGAAGCACCGGUCGACAACACAUUUUCAUCAUCCACGAUCACUGCAGCAUGGUUCAUAGGCCUGCUGCAACAGCAAAGAUGAGCCCAUCCAACUCGCCGGGCAAUCCUCCGGCUGCUACGAGUGGCUCCAAAUCGAGGGCUGGAGCCAACGCGAGCCAGAGGCGGUGCCAACACUUCGCCGGCUUCUCCCCACAUCCCGCCCGCCAGCGCGCGCAGGAUCCGAGAUUGAGGUACCGCGUCGCAGGAGGACAUACACCACGGCUGCUUGUGAAGCCUGCAGAAAGCGAAAAGCAAAGUGCAAUGCUGAACGUCCGUCUUGUGCCUAUUGCGUGAAUGCAGAUAUCCUGUGUGUGUACGACAUAUCGGCAAGAAAUGAGACGCAUUCUCAAGCUCUCAAGCGCAAGUUUGGCGAGCUUGAGGCGCGCGCCGCCGUCUAUGUUGAGCUGUACGAGCUUCUUCGAGACAGAUCCGACAUUGAGUGCUGAAAUUUUCAAGCGCAUCCGGAUGGAAGGUCCCCCGGAAAGUAUUCUACGCCACAUCAAAGAAGGGGAUUUACUUCUACAGCUGUCAUUGAAACCCGAGAUGCGCUUCCGAUAUGUUUUCCCAUACGUUAGCGAGAUGCCGGCUCACUUGCAUCGCCCCGACAACCCCUACAUCGAGUCUUGUUUCUAUGAGUGGUCUGCAUUGCAACGCAGUGGCUUUGAGAUGUCAACAUGCACCAACAAACGCACAACCGACUCACCGAGAAGCUCGUCCUCACCUGAACCCAGACCAGAGAGCAUAUAUCUUAUGCCUUUCCAUGCCGCCGAAAUCAUUGAGCCACUGCUUAACGACAUUUUCCCCUCGAAGUGGACAGUGGUUUGUGCAGAUGACGUAUUGAUGCGAAGGCUUAUCGCGGCCUGGCUGUCAGCAGAGUACCAAUGGAUAGUUGUCUUGCAGAAGGACUGUUUUCUCCAAGACAUGGCGCAUGGCCCCGGCCGCCGGGGCUGCUGCUCCUCUCUUCUGGUCAACGCGGUCUUGGCCAAUGCUAGCUAUUGGAGUCCUCACAACCUUGCCUACCAGUUCUUGGCUGAGGCCAAGAGACUGUGGGAACUAGAGAGCGACACUCCAAGAUUAACCACGAUUCAGGCUGCGAUGUUGAUGAACGUGAAUACGAACAUGAACACCAUGGACGAAAUCGGGUUCAACUAUACAAAGAGGUAUGAGGCCACAGCCUGGGGGCAUACUGCAUACUAA